UCACAUCUCUUUCCCUUCAUCCUUCCCUCUCACAAACAAGGAACUCUGGUUCGUCUCUCCGGCCAGCCCUCCGUCGUCGUCUUCCUCUCUCUACACCUUAAUAUACCGUCGCAGAGUUUUAGGUACGAGAGAAGAGAAGAUAACGGAGGAGAGGAGAGGAGUUAACACAGAAAAGGAUUUCAAGAUGCAGCCAACCAACGGCAGCGGCGGCGGUGAUUUGACUCAGCAACAACAGCAGCAACAGCAACAGUGGUUGGCGAUGCAGCAGUUCCAGCAACAACAAUGGUUAGCGAUGCAGCAGUACCCGGCGGCGGCUGCGUCAAUGGGGAUGCAUCAUCCGGCGAUGAUGUACCAACAACCACCGCCACACUACAUGCCUUAUCAUUAUCAGCAGCAGCAGUAUCAGCAACAACAGUCGCAACAAUCGCAAAAAGGCAAUCAGAUUCAGACUUCGAGCGAAGAUAAUAAGACGAUCUGGGUUGGCGAUCUACAACACUGGAUGGACGAAGCUUACCUUCAGUCGUGCUUCGCACAGACCGGCGAGGUAUCAUCCAUUAAGCUGAUUCGCAACAAGCAGACUGGUCAAUCAGAGCGUUAUGGAUUCAUCGAGUUCUUGUCUCAUGAAGCUGCAGACAAAGUCCUUCAAAGCUACAAUGGAACAAUGAUGCCAACUACAGAUCAAGCUUUCCGAUUGAACUGGGCUAGCUUCAGUACUGGAGAAAAACGCGCAGAAAUAGGCUCAGAUCUUUCUAUAUUCAUAGGAGAUUUAGCUCCAGAUGUUACUGAUACAAUUCUUUAUGAAACAUUUGCUGGUAGAUAUCCUUCUGUGAAAGGUGCCAAAGUUGUUGUUGAUACAAACACCGGGUGUUCAAAAGGGUAUGGAUUUGUUAGGUUUAGUGAUGAAAAUGAAAAAACAAGGGCUAUGAAUGAAAUGAAUGGUCAGUAUUGUUCAAGUAGGCCUAUGCGCAUUGGUGUUGCAACCCCUAAAAAGGCACCUAUUCAACAACAAUAUGGACAACAACAAUACUCAUCUCAAGCUGUUUUAUUAGCUGGUGGAAAUGGUGGAUUUGGUGCUAUUCCUCAAAACUCUCAGUCUGAUGGAGAUUCUUCAAACACAACAAUAUUUGUAGGGGGACUUGACUCUGAGGUUACUGAUGAAGACUUGAGGCAAACAUUUUCUCAAUGUGGAGAGAUUUUAUCUAUUAAAAUACCUCUAGGAAAAGGAUGUGGUUUUGUGCAAUUUGCAAGCAGAAGCAGUGCCGAGGAUGCAAUUCAGAACAUGCAUGGGACAGUGAUAGGGAAGCAGACUGUUCGUAUAUCGUGGGGUAAAACUCCUGCUAACAGACAGAGGAUGGGUGGUUCCAAUGGAAACUACUACCAGAAGCAAGGUGGUUAUGGUGGUGGUGGUUAUGGAUAUGGUGGACAACAGACUCAAGAUUCCGGUAUGUAUGGAGGUGCAGAUGCUUCCACUUAUGAAUCAAACGGGUACAACCACCAUCAGCAGCCUGUGAGCUGAUCUUCCUCGAUUUUAUUCAAAGUCUGAACACCAUAUGAUAAGAUUUUAAAAACCUAUUAAUGUUCCUUUUGUGGGAUAUAUAUUUCUCUAUGAAUGUAACUGGAAUUUUGUGAGCCAUUCUUUUUCUAUAUUACUGCUUAAAGACAGUUAAUUAAUUAGGACAUUUGAGCUUUUGAUUCUA